CAGGGCUGGGGUUACAGCGUCAGAGGCAAAUGCCCAGGGAGGACAGGGUGUGAGAUGAGCGGUUGGGGAAGUGACACGUGAGCAGAGACUGAAUGAGGCUGGGGGCGGCUAUGUGGGCACUGCAGGACCAACAUGCUAGGCAGAGGGAGCAGCAGAGGCAAACACUGCAGGGAGCCAGGGGCAGCAGAGCCCUGGGCCCAGCAAGCACACUGAGAGGAAGCCAGCAGGGAGAGAGUGGGUACAGCGGUGGAGACAUUGGCUACGUGCUGACAGAUGUUCUUCCAGAGUCUGCAGGGAUGACAACAACCAUUUAGCACCACAUUCCUGAAAUACCUCUUUUGCUUUCCCUGACUUUUGCUAAGUCAAGAAGACAGGUAUUGGACUCUCCUGAUAAGGAUUAUCUGAGGGACACUGGGAACUGGGCAAGCUAGUGUUAUCUGUCCUAGCGGUCUUCCUGCCAGUUCCCUAAAAUGCUGGUCACACAAUAGAACAAAGCCAGCCAAGGAUGUCUCUGUAUUGGAAUUUAAUACGUAAGCCCCUCCCUGCGCUAAAGGGUCGAAGAACGGAGCAGUACAGGGUGCUGUCAUCCAGCAGUUCUCAGUAUUUGCUCCUGAGCACUUGCCUGGCUUGUCACCCUGGGACCUCCCCCAAAGUGCUGCUGUUGAGUACACACACCUCAGGAGUUCUCAGAGCAGCUGUUAUUGAGCAUGCAUCCUCGUGGACCUUCUGCAUAGUGCUGUUGGACUCCUACUCACUUCUGCGCUUCUCUCCGUGCUUCUGUGGACCCUACCCUACUAAUCCAGGGCACCGAGUGAGGACCGCACGUGUGGACAGCAGCAUCCUGCAGGAUGAAGGCACUUGAAGCUGUGGUCCUGGCACUGCUACUGUGCGGGCAGCCAGGCAGCAGGCAGGCACAGGAGGAGGAGGAGGAGGAUGACAGGAGGCCGGAGAGCUAUGGGUAUGAUGAGGAGGAGGAGGAAGAAGAGGAGGAAACCAACAUGAUCACCGGCAGCAGAGACAGAGCACUGCAGUGCUAUGCCUGCCCCUUGCUACACCAUGGGGAGAGCUGUGACCAGAUGCAGAGCUGCUCCGGCAGUCGGGCCUCCUGCAUCAUGCUUGUUACCCACGGCAACACAGAUUCUGGUCUCCUGACCACCUACUCCAUGUGGUGCACGGACUCCUGCCAACCCAUCAUCAAGACGGUGGAGGGAACCCAGAUGACCGAAACUUGCUGCCAAUCUCCCAUGUGUAAUGUCCCACCCUGGCAGCACCCCCAAGUCCAGGAUCCACUGAAUGGCAAAGCGGGCAGUCCCCAGGACAGCAGGGCUGGUCAUCCCCAGUCCAAUGGGUCAUGUUCCCUCUCAAGCUGCCCCCAACAUGUGAGCACAGCCCUCCUACUCAGCCUCCUCACUAGCCUUUUGGCAGUCAGGGCCUGAGGACACCUCCCUGCCCCUCACACCUGACCGGGCCAGCAGUCUGUCCAGUGUUUCCCCUUACCCUAUCACCAGCUUCAGAGAAUUAAAUUUGGAGUUUCUUUCAUGAUCCAGCCAACUCUGGACCUCCUUGGAUCUGGGCCUUGAGUAUCUGCGUCCCUAGGACCUAUGACCUCCAGGAGUGUCCACCAGCUCAGCCUCAGGCAGAGAUGACACUGUAGGCCUGGGGAACCCCAUCUUCACCCUUAACUUCCCAGCAUGAAAUUCCUCCAAACCCAGCUGCCAGGUCAAGUGGCAGCCCCCCACCCUGUCUGAAGGAACAAGGCUUUGCGGGUACAUUGUUGUUGGUUUUUUAAACAGUCUCACUAGGUUUCCCAGCCUGGGCUCAAACAUGUGAUCCUCCUGCCUUAGCCUGAGUAGCUGAGAUCACGGGGUACACCUCUGUGCCCAGCUUGGGAAGAAGCUCUGGAGGGAAAAGAGCCCCUGGGAGGCUACAGGGGCAGGUGAAGCAAGGGGAGAACAGGAGCUAAUGAGGAACAAGGACAGAAAGGGAAGGAGGAAGGUACCGCUAUAGUCUCAUUCGGCCCUCUGAACUCCUCCCUUCCCCGAGCUGGGUGGGUGUCGGGGAGCAGUGUAGAAGUGUGACAGUCAAUUCCAUACUGCGGAGGGGCGGAAAGGGCCUCUGGCUCCUGCCCUGCCUGCAUCUCUUCUGCUGGGCUGGUCCACAGGCUGCUGGGCACUCUGCCUCCUUGACUGUACCAAGCUCUGCUUCACCAGCAGCUGGUGAUAGGACAGACUGGGAUGAGAGGAAGACAAGCUCAGCCUGGGCCACCGCUCACCACUGACUGGGCCUCAGUUUCCCAAUUUAGCAGUAAGGACAGAGGUUUAAAGGACUCCUAGAUUCCCACUUGCUCAACUUGGUUGGCUUUGGAAGGUCCCAAGUCCAUUCCAUCAUGUAAUGUGUGGCCUCCAUCUGUCCACUCUCUCCGUUUCCUUAUCAAUAAAGCCUCAGUGCCUAACGGGGGUAGGGAGCAAAGUCCUUGGGUGAAGGUGGCAUCUUAUUACUCCUCCCUGCUGGCCACUUACACCAUGAGGCAGCACACUGAUUAUGACAAGGCAACGUGGAGUAAGGGCCCUAACCACUGAUGACCAGAAGGCAUAUACCAGCUCUACACUCCUACCUCAGGAUCUGCUUACUUUGGAGGGAAAUCAACUUCUACCAUGUUGAAGCCAACUAUUUUGGUUUCUGUUGCCUGCAUUUUCACACAUGCACACACUGUCCCACACCCACACAGCCCCCACUGAUACACAGCUCAGAGGUCAGACUGCCUGGGCUGAAAUCUUAGGCCCACCCCUCAGCAGCUUUGUGGCCUCCGGGAACCUCUUCUCCUCCAGCUCCACCCUCUUGCCAGCCUGGUACAGAUUUCACAGAGGGGCUUCCAGCCCUGUGAGUGGUCAGUGCCUCUGGUGCUGUCACAUUUAUCAUGACCCUACUCUGAGUGCAUGUUUGCAAGAAUACCCACCUGUGUGAGCCCAAGCUUCUUAGGACCCAAGAAACCUCACUAGCCAUGUCUGACUAGAAACUGCACACUAUUACCUGUGUUCAUGAAAUUGUUCCUCAGAAGAGCUGUCUUAAAGCCAUGUGCAGAUCCAAGGGGACAGUCUCCCAUAACCCUCAACCUCUACUCUUUCUGAGUCUCAUGAGAAGGGAGCUGGGGCUCAGGGCUCAGUCUGAAGUCACUGGCUCCAAGGCCUGCCCUGGCCUUGGCCUCCUGCCUCUAUGACAGUCUCUUCUCCCAGGAUCUGCACUCUACUCCCAGGAGAAGCAAAGGUGCAGCUGACUCCUCGUUGGGCUCUGACCUGAUCUCCCCUCCUGAAGGAAGAGAGCAAGCAGCCACACUCUGAGAACCCCAGCGCCAUCUACCAGGAACCAUCCCAAACACAGUCUUAGCUGCCCCACAGAGCUUGCUGUCCCGGCACCCAGAGGGUAUUGCUGUGCUGUCCAACAUGGGCACAGUUGGGGUCACCGACAAGAGACAAGAGAGACAUUCAAGGUCACACACUGAGCAGCUGCAGCUUCAGGAUCAAGCCCAGCACUUCCUGUCAACCGCGAGCAUUCCAGGCCACAAGACUGAGGCACCAGGAGGCCUGAGCUGCUACAGCAGAGGUGGGGGACCGGAUGCUGGCCAAGGCCACUGAAUCCCAUAGUCCGGGCCAGGUGGGGCAGAGGUGCCAGUGGAUGGUGGCAGCCCAGGCCCUUAAUGACAGCCACAGCAGGACACCAGCUGCAGUAAAAAGGUUGUGUGGAGCCCAUCAUUCCUCAUCCAGCUGGGCAGCAGAGGACUGAGAGAGGCUAGACCCUGGCCACAGGAUCCAUGCUGUCUGCCUCAGCUCCCCACGGCUCCCACAGCAAAUUACCACCGACCCAGCAAUUUCAAACAAUACAAGUUUGUGCCACAGUGCUGGAGGUCAGUGAUGUUAUGGUUUGGAUUUCAAAUGUCCCUCAAAGGCCUGGACACAGCCUGUGGCAUUAUUGGGAAAUACAGGAAUCUUUAAGAAAUGA